GGAUAGAGAUCGUGUGAAACAUGGUCAGUUCGUCAAACCAGUUGAAGCAGAAAUUACGCCAUAUAGUUUGUACUGAGCAAUUGAUGAUUUGAUUAUAAGGCCAAACUAUGCUUUUGAUAGGUAAAAGUGCACAACCAGUAAUUUGGGGACGAGAAAUAGACAAACAGUUCUGAUUGCAAUUAAAUGUGUGCAUUUACUACAAAUAAUUCUAUAUUAUGUAAUAGUUGAUAGUAGCCAACAAAGUUAAGGCCAAUAGGUGAACUUUUUCCACUACGAGUCAUGUAUCACUGCCAAUGAUCUCUCAUCAAUUUCAUGAAUGAUUGUCUAAUCGUAAAUAGUAUGCAUGUACAUAUGUAUGUGAUUAUUAGUAAGUAUUAUUCAUAGUUUCAUAGUUAACUUAAUUGUUAGUAACAAUUUGAGACAUGUCUGCAUCAGUAAAUGCAGAUAUGUGCACCUACUUACUUGCUUACGUAUACCGCCAUCAAAUAAUAAUGUAUCUGUAAACUGAAAUUUUUCUUUAUUGUACAAUCAAAACAGGGAACAACUUGUUGCCAGUGCAAUAUGCCCCCACAAAUUCGGACACUUCAGUCAAGAAGCUUGUUUGGUUUACUAUUGCAAAGAAUAUUUACUCACCGGCUCCCUUUUCCUAUUCUGACAGCGUGGUUUACCUCUACAGUCAUCCCAUUGUUGGUAUUAUUUCUUGCUGCCAGUUCUUACUAUGUGGAUUUCAUAAAAAGUACAAGUUCUGACUACUUUCGGAAUGAUAAUGGGGUCGACCUCUUUGAUUUUAUUGUUGUUGGGGGAGGCUCUGCAGGUGCAAUCGUUGCUAAUCGUUUGUCUGCCAAAUAUUCGGUCCUGCUCCUCGAAGCUGGGGGGGAUCCGCACCCCUUCUCCUACUUCCCCACGACCUCCCUUGUGACCCUUAACCUUCCCAUCAUUGACUGGGGGUAUAAAACAGUGCCUCAGAAACAUGCCUGCUUCGCCUUAAGGAACAAGGUAUGCAACUGGCCGAGGGGGAAGGCUUUGGGAGGAAGUUCGGUUCAGAAUAUUAUGCUUUACUUGCGAGGAAACCCUGAGGACUUUAACCAGUGGGCGGAAAUGACGGGAGAUGACAGUUGGAGCUAUGAAAACGUGAUUCCCUUCUUUAAAAAGCUGGAGGAUUAUCACGGAUACGAGACUCCAGAAUCUGCGAAAUAUCACGGAAAAGGAGGUCCUAUGCAUAUUGAGAAACUCCGCUUUGCUCCCGGCCUUGAGCAUUGGUUGGAGGCUGGCAAAGAGUUGGGCUACGACCAAAUUGAUGCGAAUGGGUAUCAACGCGUGGGGUUUGGGGGAAUGGAUGUUACGAUGAAAAACGGUCGGAGAUUUAGCACAUAUUCCGGCUACAUCAAACCCAUUCUGGAUAGAAGAAAUCUAAAGAUCUACAGAUACGCUGAGGUUACAAAGAUUCACUUGGACCACACGAACACAGCCACUGGCGUUACUUACAUGAGACACGGUGUUACAAGGGAAGCAAAAGUGUCAAAGGAAGUUAUUUUGAGUGCUGGUUCCAUAAACUCGCCCAAACUUCUCAUGUUGUCAGGGAUUGGACCACGGGAUCAUCUUACUGAAAUUGGGAUUGAGACGCUUGUCGAUUUACCAGUUGGCAAGAAUUUACAGGAUCACAUUUUUAGCGUCGUUGGCCCAUUUUUGCUCAACAAACAGGAAUCCUUCGUGUUAGACAGGGAUACAAACCUCAAGACGUUUUCAGACUUUCUUUUUAAUGGGUCAGGUACAUUUUUGGCUAUAUCAUAUUUAUUUUCAUGCUUACUCAAACUUAUCCAGUCACUGGAUGCUGAACAAGGAGUCGAAUUGUUUAUUUUAGAUUUUGUAUCUCCAUUUAAUUUGUAUAUUCAAUUUCUACGUGCGUAUGUAGGUCCAAUUGUCUCGGUUUCUGGCGUGUCGGGCCUGGGAUUGUUCUCCAGUUCCAUUUCGGAGAACAACUAUCCCGACAUUUAUAUUAAUCCCGUUGGAGUCGGAGUUCAUGCCAGCCUUGGUAAAGAGAUGGAUCAAGUGUUUGGAUUUUCUUCCAACACAAUGGAAAAAUAUUACGCCCCGCACAUUGGAAAAGAUGCUUACUUUGCUUCUGUGAAUUUGGGCAAAACGAAAAGUGUUGGUGAAAUUAAGCUCCAGAGCAGCAAUCCAUUAGUCUACCCACACAUCGACCCCAAGUACUUGAGCCACCCGGAUGAUGUCAGAGUCAUGGUCGAGGGAGUCAAGGCUGCCCUGAACAUUUAUGAAAACACAACCACCUACAAAAAACUGGGUGCUAAAUUGGCUCCCAACAAAUUUCCUUUAUGUGAAGCAUUUGAGUUUCGGAGUGACGAGUAUUGGGAGUGCUUCGUCCGAAGUUAUACGUUGACAGUAUAUCAUCCCUGUGGCACUUGCAGCAUGGGGAUGGAAGGGAAAAGCUCUUCUGUGGUCAACUCUCAACUGAGAGUCGUCAACACCACAAACCUUCGAGUCAUAGAUGCUUCAGUGAUCCCACACAUAACAAAUGGAAACCUCAACGCACCCACAAUGAUGAUUGGAGAAAAGGGUGCUGAAAUGGUUCUAAGUUAUUGGGAAAGCAGGGGAGAAAGCAGUGGUGGUGGUGAAAGCCAACCCUCAUCAUCACUGGAUGACGAUGUGUCAGACUCCACCGUUGAGAAACCCGUUUACUCAGUAGACCCGAGGAAAUAAUUGCAACAACCUCCCACACGUUGUAGCUUACAUUUGCUCCAAUAUAUAUUUCUUAGUAUUAAUUAAAUACAGUGAGUUGCAGAAUUCAAAACUUAUUUUCAGAUCAUCAUGUUAUCAAAAUAAUGUCAUUUUUGGCAACAAUGUAGCCACCUGCUAGUAUGACAUAUUUGUAGUAGUACCAGAAGAGGAGUAUAUAACUUUGAGAUAAUUAAGGUACGUAUUGUUGUUUGUUGAGUAUGUGCCAUACAUAAGUUUGACUCCAAAAGUUAACAAAUAUAAAUAUAUAAGCAAACAAUACACAGACACUGA